AUGGCUGAGCAGGGGGCUGCGCGCAGGUCAGGAAGCCCAGGACCACCUGCGGGCCAUGUCCUGCGCCAAAGCUGCAAGUUCCUUGGGCCAAUUUCAAGUUACCAGCUGACUGUGCAGGAGUCCGUGACUGUGCGGGAAGGUUUGUGCAUCUACGUGCCCUGCAACUUCUCCUACCCCAAGGAAGGCUGGAAUGACUCUGACCCGACGCGUGGCUACUGGUUCCGGGAAAGGGCCAGUACAGACCGAGAUGCUCCUGUGGCCACAAACAAGCCAGGUGGUGAAAUGCAGGAGACCCGGGGCCGAUUCCACCUCCUCGGGGACCCCCAGACCUACAACUGCUCCCUGGACAUCAGAGACGCACAGAGAAGGGACACAGGGACAUACUUCUUUAGGGUGGAGAGAGGACCCAAAGUGAAAUAUAAUUACAGAUGGAACCAGCUGUCUGUGAAUGUGACGACUCUGACACAGACACCUAACAUCCACUUCCAGGGGACCCUAGAAUCUGGGCACCCUAAGAAUAUUACCUGUACUGUGCCAUGGGCCUGUGAGAGAGGGAAACCCCCCACCUUCUCUUGGAUUGGGGUCAACCUCACCUUCCUGGGUCCCAGGAUUUCCUACUCUUCAGUGGUCACCCUCACACCAGGGCCCCAGGACCACGGCACCAACCUCACCUGUCGAGUGACAUUAUUCUCUGGUGUGAAGACGGAGAGGACCAUCCGGCUCAACGUGUCCUAUGCACCCCAGGACCUGACCAUCACUCUCUUUCUCUCUCUCUCUUUAGAAAUGAAAUACACGGGGAACGGCUCCUCUCUUCCAGUCCAGGAAGGGGACUCUCUGCGCCUGGUCUGUGUCGCUGACAGCAACCCUUCUGCCACACUGAGCUAGGCCCAGGGGAGCCAGACCCUGAGCCCCUCCCAGCCCUCAGACCCCGGGGUCCUGGAGCUGCCCCGGGUGGAGUCAGUGCAUGAAGGUGAAUUUAUCUGCAGAGCUCAGCACCCACGGGGCUCCCUGAGCGUCUCCCUCCAUCUCUCUGUGCACUACCCCCCACAGCUGCUGGGACCCUCCUGCUCCUGGGAGGAGGAGGGUCUGCACUGCAGCUGCUCCUCCCGAGCCCAGCCAGCCCCCUCUGUGCGCUGGCAGCUGGGGGAGAGGCUGCUGGAGGGGGACUUCAGCAACACCUCCUUCAAGGUCACCUCCAGUUCAGUGGGGCCCUGGGCCAACAGCUCCCUGAGCCUCAGCGAGGGGCUCAGCUCCAUCCUCAAGCUCAGAUGUGAGGCUCAGAAUAAGCAUGGGAAACAGACAGUGAAUAUCCUGCUGCUGCCAGGUCAGAGGGUGUGGCGGACAAUGCCCGGGGAAGGGGGCGCACCAGCCUGGAUCCUAGAAGACAUUGAGUGGAGGAGAAAUAGGCCUGACUGAGGGCAAAGAGGGACUAGGGUUCAGUUCCCCCUGUCAGUUGGCUGGAGAGGGAAUGGGGGAAACAAGAGGCUGCAGUCAUACAAAGUG